AUGACGUACCUUUGUUACAUUGUCGUUUUAAUAACGAUCGCGUUCAGUACAAAUGCUGAACCUGCGAAAUUGGAUUGGUGGCAGACCGGUGUCAUUUACCAAGUAUACCCAAGAUCGUUUAAAGACAGCAACGGCGAUGGCGUUGGAGACCUCAAAGGUAUAGAAGAAAUGGCUGAACAUUUUCAAGAAACAGGCAUUGGGGCCAUAUGGUUGUCGCCAAUAUUCAAAUCUCCCCUGGCUGAUUUCGGUUAUGACAUUUCCGAUUUUGUAAGCAUCGACAGCACCUACGGAACAAUGGAAGACUUUUUAUCGCUUCAGAGGAAACUUAAAUCGCUUGGCGUUCGUAUUCUAUUGGAUUUUGUGCCUAACCAUUCAAGUGAUGAACACGAGUGGUUUCAAAAAUCAGUCAAAAAAAUCGACCCUUACACCGAAUACUACGUGUGGCUGGACGGAAAAGUAGAUGAAAACGGUAACAAAAUACCUCCAAAUAAUUGGCGAAACAAUUUCGACGGGAGUGCUUGGGAGUGGUCUGCUGAAAGGGGACAAUACUAUUUGCAUCAGUUUGCGGCUAAACAACCAGACUUAAAUUACAACUCACCAGCUCUAUUAGAAGAAAUGAAGAACGUACUUCGAUUUUGGCUGGAUAUCGGCGUCGACGGAUUCCGCAUGGACGCUUUACCAUACAUUAUAGAAGACGUCAAGUUUGAAGACGAAUUAGUGAUCCAUCCAAGUAUAGUCGACGACAAUUACACAUAUGUUUUGCUAGAUCACAAGUUAUCUAGGGACCAACCGGGCACGUAUAAAAUUGUCGAAGAAUUUAGAGCCGUUUUGGAUGAAUACACUAACCAGGACGGAAACACAAGACUGAUGUUGGUGGAAGCGUACGCGUCCAUCAAUUAUACAAUGAUGUACUACAGCCAGCAGACACGCAGGGCUCACAUGCCGUUCAAUUUCAACUUUAUCACGUACUUGAACAAAACGUCGUCGGCAGUUGAUAUAAAGAAUACGAUCAAUCUGUGGUUGGAUAACAUGCCUCCGGGUCAAUGGGCCAACUGGGUGAUGGGCAACCACGACAACAAACGAGUGGCUUCGAGAUUCGGCCAGGACAUGGUGGACCCGAUGAACACGCUGGCGACGAUGUUACCGGGCACGGCGGUCACGUACAACGGAGAGGAAAUCGGAAUGGCCGACGGUACGAUAAGGUGGGAUCAGACGGUCGACCCAUUCGGCAAAAACGGCGGUAUGGCCAGAUACGAGGCUAACUCCAGAGACCCGUUCAGGACCCCAUUCCACUGGAACGAUUUUCAAAACGCCGGGUUUUCGACGUCCCAACGCACGUGGCUUCCCGUGAACAGCAACCAUUGGUAUCUCAACUUGGCCUUUCAAAAGUCGUGCUUCAGAAGUCACUAUCAGACGUACAAAACGCUGUUGCGACUCCGUUCAUCUCCGACAAUAGCACGAGGAAAUCUCACCAUGCACACGACGUCGGAUUGGGUUUUGAUUUUGACCAGACAAUUGGAAGGCCACGAGACCUUCUACAUUGUUUUAAACGUAGGGACAGAACAAGAAGCAAUUACUUUAAAUGAACAUUUUAAGGACGUACCUCUUUAUAUGAUUGUCCGCACUUCGAGCAUAAAUUCAUGGCACAGUGAAAAUGAUUAUAUUGAUACAACAAAGCCACUAGCAAUGCGACCCAAAUCGUCAUUAGUGUUAUCAUAUUGA